UGGGUGGGUGUGCAGACUCGCGGCCAAUUGGGCAGCAGGCUCGGCCUCAGGAAAGUUUUGGUGCCCGGAGGAAGUCGAGGCCCGGCUGCCUCGGGGCGCAGGGGCCAUGGAGGAACCGCGGGUGCGCGAGGAGGAGGAGGACGAGGACGAGGAGGAGGACGGGGAGGACGAGGCUGGGCCCGAGGGCGCCCUGGGCAAGAGCGCCCUGCAGCUGACCGCUGAGGACGUGUACGACAUCUCCUACGUGGUGGGCCGCGAGCUGAUGGCGCUGGGCAGCGACCCCCGCGUGACGCAGCUGCAGUUCAAGAUCGUGCGCGUCCUGGAACUGCUCGAGGCGCUGGUGAGCGAGGGCGGCCUGGAGGCCGAGGCGCUGCGCCUGGAGCGCGACAGCCUGCGGCAGGAGGUGCGGGCGCUGCGGGGCGAGGCGCCCCCGGCCGGCGGCCAGGUGGACCUGGGGCCAGACAAGAUGGUGGUGGACCUCACGGACCCCAACCGGCCUCGCUUCACGCUGCAGGAGCUGAAGGAGGUGCUGCAGGAGCGCAACGCGCUGAAGGCCCAGCUGCUGCUGGCGCAGGAGGAGCUGCGCUGCUACCAGAGUGGCCUGAUUCCCCCGAGAGAAGGCCCAGGAGGAAGACAAGAGAAAGAAGCUGCGGUUCCCAGGCCCAGAAGUGCUGACCACCGCAAGGGGGAGCGGACAAUCAUGAAGAAGCUGUUCACUUUCCGGUUGGGGAAGCAGACCUAGAUUGAGGGCCGUGAUCAAGGCAGCAGCCUGGACAGGAAAUGACACCCGCCUGGUGCCUCUGCUGGUCCCGGUCCCCACUGCACCUGCUUGUUUGUUCCCCGUGUGGCUUCUCACAUGCUCCUCCUCCCCACUGCAGACCCAGAUGCCCUGGGAGGCUCGGCCAGGGAUGCAAAGCAGCUUCAAGGAGGCCGGGAGUAGAGGGAACAUGCGUGGGACAGGGCCACCUCCCUCCCCGGCCGCCCACCCUAGGGUCCACAAUGCGCAGAAUGAGCUGCACCCAGGGGCAACCGUGCUCUCAACUCGGGGCAGUGAAAGGAAAAACA